AUGCCCAGGUGUUUCAUAAACUCUGUGCGGCGCCUGAAGAGGAGUUUCAUACAAGAAUUUGGAGAUUUUUCUUUUGAAAGUGAAAUGAAACCUAUGCGAGUACCGAAAUUGAACGUGAAACGUCAAAAGAAUCUAUUGAAACCAGUCGAAACUGUAUUUAACGAUAAAGUUCCGAUUUCUACCCGUUUCUAUCUGCAAUUAUUGAAGAAAAGUCAGUUCUUACAACAGUUCAUAGACACAGAGUCUUACGAAUAUGCAUCGGAAACUGAAAAAGCUUUCAUAAAAUCUCCUGAAAUAAUAAAAAAUAAAAAUUCAAUCAAAAAGGAUUUAACAGAUAAAACUUACAAUUUGAGAUCGAGUGAAUCAAAAACUGAACGCAAAACAUACGAGAAGCCACCUCGAAGGAAAAGAAGCAACGGGUGCGAUAACGAAACACAAUCCAUUUCUGAACUUCUACAGGAAGCUAAUAGGAAGCGGAAGCCGCGGAAAGAGCCUUUGGCGCCAAUUAUUGAAGAAAUUAAAAGCAGGGAACCUUUGAAAUUUAAUAACAAAGGUGGUUCCGAAAUAGACAAGAUAGCGGAGAAGCUAAAGAGUCUGGUGAAGGCGACCGCGGACGACAAACUGGAUAAAGAGUUGCUGACCUGCACCGAGUCGUUCGAUAAAGACAGCAGGGAUGGAGAUAGAGAUGGGGAUGAAAAAGAUAAUGACCUCCCCGACCCUCACGAAUGGGCAGAGCCGCGACGUAUCACUAGAGCUACCCACACCUGCUCGUACUGCGGCAAGGGCUUCGACCGGCCCUGGGUACUGAAGGGACAUCUGCGUCUGCACACUGGAGAGAGGCCCUUUCCUUGUCCCCAUCCACACUGCGGCAGGACAUUCGCUGAUCGGUCAAAUCUCCGCGCUCAUCAACGCACCCGCGGCCAUCAUUCGUGGCAGUGGCGCUGCGUGGCGUGCGACAAGGCGUUCAGCCAGCGACGCUACCUGGAGCGGCACAGGGACGACGCGUGUCGGAAGUACAAAUUACAUACAAGAAACUCAACAAAAUUCAACAACAGUGCGAAAGCUUUACUAAAGAGUGAGCUUACAGCGCCGGUGCCAAUGUACGGCAUAAUUCGCCAUAAUGAUGCCAAAGCUAAUAUAGAACCUCCCAGCGAAUGCUGCGAGGGUCCCAUAGACCUUUCUAUAAGGAAGAGGACGGAAAUAGAGAGCAUCGAUUAA